UGAAAGUUUUCAUAUUUAAGUUUUUCAGUUAAUGUUUGUUUUAUUUAGAAUUUUUAGUUUUAGUUAACCAUAUCAAGCCUUGUGUACAUGAAGUUUUGCACAGCACUGUACUGUAUCAAAUUAAAAAGUCAAAUUGUGGAAAAGUCCAAUUUUGCCUAAUGAACAAGUUAAAUAACAGUGCAGUGAGACACAUCUAUGAAAGCAUUCUGUAGCAACAAUAGCUCUUGUGCUGUUCCCUCUCCUAGUAACCAGGCCAUCUCUUGAUAAUAAAUGUCAGUGAAGCAGCUCCCACCCCAGCCAUACAAAACAUGACAUCGGGGGGGGAAGAGACAGAAAGAAAGAGACAGAGGUAAACGUACAAAAACAUACACGUGCAGGGUAUAAACAGACAGAGUUAAAUGGUGACAGAGCUUAGUCAACAGUUUUCCCCCCAAACUUCUCACCUGUGACAAACUGACCCAGCAUGGACCCGGCGCUCACGUUUGAAAGGGCACAGAGCAUUUCACCUUGAAAAAAACAGCAGGACUGGAACGGUUACUUCAGAAGAGCACCACUCUGGAAGUCCCUAUUGAAGAUUUAAAGCCAUAUUCUCUGUGGCUUCUCAGUUUCCUCCAUCAUGUCAGAGACUCGACCAAUGCCUGUACAAACUGAGGUGCCUUCAGAGUCUCCAGAGGUGGAGUGUCCAGUUUGCUAUCAGGAGUACGACCAGAGCUCCAAACUCCCACGCAUGCUAGAAUGCCUUCACGUCUUCUGUACAGAAUGUCUCCGUAAGAUCCAGCUCACUCCUUUGCACCCCCCAGACCCCAACAGCGCCCCCUCAAUCUCCUGCCCCCUGUGCCGCCACUCCACCCCGCUACAGAGUGGCGAUGCAUACUCUCUCCCCUGCAACUCACGGAUUCUUGCCCAGUUGCCUCCCGUAGCCUUCCGUCUGCCUGCGUCGGUGUCUGCCCGGCUGGCCACGGUGACCCAGCGCUUGGUGCUAUCUCUGGGGGAGAGGGAUACCCGAUUCAUAAUCCUGCCCACUGUUAGUCUGAGGGUGGAGCAGAUGGGAGAAGGCACAGAAAUGGUAAACCCACCUAGGGUGCUGCAUCGAGAGAUUGAGGUUCUGAGGAGACACAAGAAGACCCUGAUGUGUGUUCAGGUUCUGGCUGUCAUCUUCUGGAUUAUGUUUGUGCUGACUUGUGUGAUUGGAGUUGUGUUUGGGCCAAACCUCUUUCAUAAUUGAAAGAUUAAGGACAUGGGUGUAUCUUGUUACAUUAAUAUAUUUAUUCUGUCCCUGCAUUUUUCAAAUGACAACAUUUAGAUCAUUAUAAAUAGAUCAUUUUGAUUACAUGUAAAACCUACAGUCGCCCUGAAAUUUAGACACUUAAAAGGUUUCUAGUAGGCCUAUACAAAGUUUAGGUUUUUAAAUUAUACAAUAAUAUAUGGUUCAAAGUAAAGACAAAAAGUAUUGUGAAACCUGGUUGACAAAUGUUAGAGAAACAAGUUCAAUUAUAUGUAAUUAUAUGUAACGACUCCAUAUUGUACAUCCAUUAAAAAUGAACCUUUUACUUACUGUUGAUAUUAAUGCUUAAACCAAAUUCAGAAAACGGUGAGGUUAGUUCUGAAAAUAACUCUACACUAGUGUCAAGGAGAUGAUAUUUGGUUUUAUACUUUAUUGAAUUCAAUACAUUUUAUUUGGUUUAAGUGUCCAAAUGCCGUAUGAGCCCAUUUUUCAUGUUCAUAUUGUAGUGUGUAGUCCAACAAUUAUUCCUGUCCUUAACUGUUAUGUCAAUAUUCUAAAGGAUGGUAUUCUCUUUUCUCUAACUUUUUUGUACAGUAUGUUGUUUUGUAUGCAAGCAUGAAAAAUAUAUAGGCCUGCAGCAUUCUGUGUUUUAGAAAAAAUGCAUUGUUGUUUAAUUUGAAAAAAAAAAAGAAAAAAAAAAGAAUCGUGUAGACUGCCCAGCAUGGGCUUUUUUCAUGAGAAAUUAUGAGCUA